GACGGAGGCGGUGAGCUGGGAGGUUUUAUGGCCGCUGCUAUCUCGGCAUAAGCUUAGGAUUGCUGUAUCAAUGGCUUCUCUUGUUGGAUGCACCUCUUGUACCCUUGCCAUGCCCAUAUUUUCUGGUAAAUUUUUUGAAAUACUGAUAGGAAGAGGAACAGAACCUUUGUGGACACUUCUUUCUAAGAUUGCAGUCCUCUAUAUCCUAGAGCCAAUUUUCACUGUUAUUUAUGUUAUAAAUAUGACCACCAUCUGGGAGAAGGUGAUGACAAGCCUAAGAGGACAAAUUUUCAGAAGGAUGUUGAUCCAAAAGGUGGAAUUUUUCGAUACCUUCAAGGUUGGUGAAUUAACUGGUUUAUUGACAUCAGACUUGGGUUCUCUCAAAGAUGUUGUCAGCGAAAACAUUUCAAGGGAUCGUGGGCUUAGAGCACUCUCUGAGGUUGUUGGUACAAUAUGCAUACUUUUCUCGCUGUCAACACAAUUAGCUCCUGUUCUCGGUCUGUUAAUGCUGUCUGUAUCAGUUUUAGUAGCUAUAUUCAAGAGGUCAACUGUUCCGGUAUUUAAGUCUCAUGGAAUGGCUCUAGCCAGCAUAGCUGAUUGUGCAACUGAGACUUUUGGAGCCAUUCGUACUGUCAGAUCUUUCGCUGGUGAAAAGCGCCAAGUUUCUAUGUUUGAAAAAUUGGUGGCUGCGUACCAGAAUAGUGGCAUAAAACUUGGAAUAUUGAAGUCUGCAAAUGAAUCAUUGACUAGAGUUGUGGUCUACAUUUCUUUAUUGGCCCUUUAUUGUCUAGGUGGAAGCAAAGUGAAGUCGGGUGAACUAGCAGUUGGAAUCAUGACCUCAUUUAUUGGUUACACAUUUACUUUAACCUUUGCGGUCCAAGGGGGUGUCAAUACCCUUGGUGAUAUUCGAGGAACGCUUGCUGCUGUUGAACGUAUCAAUUCUGCUUUAUCAGCAAUCGAUAUUGAUGAGUCACUCGCUUAUGGUUUAGACAAAGAGCUCCAGACAAAGGAAAUACAAGAUGAUAACAUUGGUCCGGUUUAUAAAAAUGGAGAGCAACACCAAGCUCUUAAUAGGCGGUACAUGUCAGCAUUGAGAUCAGCUAAUGAUUGGUGCAGUCUAGCUUGGUCUGGUGACAUUUGUCUUGAAGAUGUACACUUCUCAUAUCCUUUGAGGUCGGAUGUAGGUGUCUUGAAUGGCUUAAGUUUGACACUCAAAUGUGGAAAAAUAACAGCACUUGUAGGACCUAGUGGUGCUGGUAAAAGCACUAUUGUACAACUUUUGGCACGCUUCUAUGAGCCAACUAAAGGUCGUAUAACUGUAGCUGGGGAGGAUGUCCGGACAUUUGACAAAAGGGAAUGGGCUCGUUUUGUGUCCUUGGUGAAUCAGGAGCCAGUCCUUUUUUCCGUUUCGGUGGGUGAAAAUAUUGCGUAUGGGCUUCCUGAUGAGAAUGUCUCUAAAGAAGACAUAAUAAAAGCAGCCAAAGCAGCCAAUGCUCAUGAAUUCAUAAUCUCCCUACCUCAGGGGUAUGAUACGUUAGUUGGUGAACGUGGUAGUCUCCUCAGCGGUGGACAGAGACAGAGAAUUGCUAUUGCACGAGCUAUUCUUAAAAAUGCUCCAAUUUUGAUACUAGACGAGGCAACUAGUGCUCUUGAUGCAGUCAGCGAGCGCCUGGUCCAAGAAGCAUUGGACCAUUUAAUGAAGAACAGGACAUCGCUGGUGAUUGCUCAUAGGUUAAGCACUGUUCAAAAUGCUCAUCAAAUUGCAUUGUGUUCAGAGGGAAAAAUUGCAGAACUUGGCACUCACUCUGAGCUGUUAACCGGAAAAGGUCAAUAUGCAUCUCUUGUCGAUACUCAAAGGCUCGCAUUCGAGUAAUUCUUCACUCAGUUGGCUACAGAUUUGUCGUAGUUUGUGACAUGCGCGGUUCCAUUUGUGCGAAUUGCGCUUUGUAGGUGGGAAAUAAAUGAUUCCAAUGUAUUAAGCUGUUAUAUGAACUUGAGCAUGGCUAUGCCCAUUGCAGAUGUGAGGCUAUUCAGUUACAUCAAGAGUUGGGGCUCUUUUAUCUAAUUUCAAGUCCGACAAAGGGCUAUUCACUAA